AUGGAAUCGUGUGCACGGCGGUGCGCCGUCUCCGGCCUGACGGCGCUGUCCAUGCGCCUCACCAAGCAGCUCUCCGCCGCCGCCGCCAGCAAGGCCGGCGCUGCCGGCAACCUCGUCUUCUCGCCGCUGUCCAUCUACUCCGUGCUCUCCGUGGUCACCGCCGGCGCGCGCGGGCGCACUCUGACAGAGCUCCUCGGCGCCCUCGGCGCAGAGUCCCGCGAGAAGCUCGCCGCGAACGCCGGCGAGAUGGCGCGUGCUCUCCCCGCCCCCGGCGGCGGCGCGGCACAGCCGGGCGGCGGCCCGCGCGUCGCGCACGCGUGCGGAGUCUGGCACGAGCGGACGCGGACGGUUAGGCCGGCGUUCCGCGACGCCGCCGCCGCGUCGUUCAACGCCGCGGCCCUCGCCGUCGACUUCCUCAACAACCCGGAGGAAGCGAGGAAGGAGAUCAACAGCUGGGUUGCGGCGGCGACGGAGAACCUCAUCGACACGAUCCUCCCGCCGGGGUCGGUGAGCACGGACACGGGCCUCGUGGUCACCAGCGCCAUCUACUUCAACGGCCAAUGGUGGACUCCUUUCUGUAAGGAGAUAACCGAGAAGCGGGCGUUCCACCGCCUCGACGGCGGCGACGUCGAGGCGGACUUCAUGCGCAGCGGCGAGGACCAGUACAUCGCCGUGCACGACGGGUUCAAGGUGCUCAAGAUGCCGUACGCGGCUUGUGUGAGCGCGAGGACGACGACGACGCCGAGGUACUCGAUGUACGUCUUCCUCCCCGACGAGCGCGACGGCCUGUGGAGCCUGGAGGACAGGAUGGCGGCCGGCGGCGAGGGCUUCCUCCGCGAGCACACGCCGGAGCGGCGCGUCGAGGUCGGCGAGUUCAGGAUCCCCAGGUUCAAGCUCUCCUUCGACGACAGCGUCGUGGGCGCGCUCCAGCGUCUCGGGGUCAGGGACGUGUUCAAGCCGUUCGUGGCGGACCUGGCCGACGUGCUGGAAGCGGAGAACUCCGGCGAUGAUCCGCCGCUGUUUGUGUCGGACGUCAAGCACAAGGCCGUCAUCGAGGUGAACGAGGAGGGCACCGAGGCGGCCGCCGCCACCGCGGUUUGUCUUACCUUCGCAUCGGCGGCGCCAUCGUCACGGCGGCCGGCGAGGGUGGAUUUCGUCGCCGACCAUCCGUUCGCGUUCUUGGUUUUGGAGGAGUCGUCGGGUGCGGUGCUCUUCGCCGGCCACGUUGUUGACCCGACAGAUGAGUAAUUCCAUCUUCACGUCAUGAAAUUUGUUUUAGCUGCAUUUUUGAUUCGGUUAUGAAAUUUGUGGACUUCCAAUUAAGAACGAUUUGAGUUCCUCGACUCCGAGGAGUGGAAUUCAGGUUGUAAGGGUAGGACUAAGCCAUGUUUCGUCUUGUUCAUUGGCAUAGAGAGACGCUUCUUUCGUCUCAUUAUAUUGACACAAUGUCACAAUACACAGUGAAGAGCGGCUCCGAUAGGACUAAGCUAUGUAGUAGAUUUUUCUUCGCAAUCCAUUUGGUCAGAAAAAAAAAAAGAACAGGGCGUUUUACUCAUGGAAACACAAUGAACAUAUGCCACAAACUAUAAUUGCACAGAACAAUUCUCCUUUCUUGAGAUGCCACAAACUAGGAUGAGACGAAAUUUAGGAUGUAGGGGUUUGUCUUCCGUUUUGCUGUCAUGACGCUACUUGUAAGGACAGCCUUUUGGUUUCUUUCUGCUUAUGUUGUUGCUUUUAGAGCUGGUAGCAAGUUUGGGAGUCUUUCAUGUUUUCCUUUUGGAGGGCUUUGAACCUCCCUAUGCUGUAAACUGGUGUCUGGGUGUUCCCAGCACAA